AUGCCUUCUCCACAUUACCCGAUUUUCCCCACAAAUCAACGAGAAGCCCGUAAACGGGCUCGUCUGGAACCCAAUUCUUCCUCUUCAUCUCGGCAAAAACGGCCUCAGCCUCGUCUAGGUAGCCACAGUGACCAAGAACCUCCAUUACUAUACUGUACUCACGAGGUUCGGCACGCAGCCUUGAUCGACCAUUUCGCAGAACAGCUUGUGGGCUGCCGCCAGGUGUCCCGCCUUCCCGAGGCAGUUUAUUAUCACGCUGUAAGUGAAAGUGUCGGGCGAAAGCCCGACUUCUUGCAUUCUGUGAUAUAA